UCGCACACUCCCCAGCGGAUGACAAAGUGAUAGAGAGAGAGAGAGAGAGAGAGAGAGAGCGCUCCGAACAAAGCCAUGGCCUCCUUCGCUCUCCCUUCGUGCUCCUGCUCCUCCUCCUCAUAUCGCCGAGCAAAACCCUUCUCCUCUCUCUCCGCCACCAACACCAUCUCCCGCUUUGUCCCUGUUCGCGGUCCCUACUUCGCUUCCCUCGCCUUCUCCUCCAAUCUCUCCCUAAUCGCCUUCCCCAACGGUGGUUUCGGCUCUCCUCCGAGGGCGGUAGAGAAGCCCAAGUCGUCGCCGCCGCGCAGGUCGGUGGUGUGCGAGGCGGCGCCGAAGAAGGCGGACUCGGCCGCGAAGAGAGCUCGGCAGGCGGAGAAACGGCGGAUUUACAACAAGGCGCGCAAGUCCGAGAUCAAGACCAGGAUGAGGAAGGUCCUUGAAGCUCUAGAAGUGCUUAAGAAGAAGGCCGAUGCUCAGGCUGAAGAGAUUCUUCCGAUAGAGAAGCUUAUAGCGGAAGCAUAUUCAGUGAUCGACAAGGCUGUGAAGGUCGGCACACUACAUAGGAACACAGGGGCUCAUCGCAAGUCGAGACUCGCAAGGAGGAAGAAAGCUGUGGAGAUCCACCAUGGCUGGUACACUCCUGCAGCUACUGUUUAAAAGAUUGUUUGUCUUUCAACAAGAUAAUUCAUCGCUUAUUUUGUUGUAUUUGCUGUUUGGUCCUUGUAUUUUUGUGCAACAUGUCAUGAAGCGAAUUUUGGUUUGGAAUUGUUGCUCCCAGAGCUCCAACAGCUUUUUCUAUAUAUACUUUUAUCAGGGUAAAUUGCACUGUUAGUCCCCAAACUGAUGUUUAA